GCAUUUCCAUCGACCUGAAAUAUAACUAAAUACAUGUGAUGAACCCACAAUGGACUCGCUUAUUGGCGAAUUUCAAAAUACACCCAAGAUUGUAUCAUGUUUCUGUACAGCACGGUAACAAGUCAUAUACAAAAGAGUCAAAACCAAUUCCUGGAAGCCCUGACCACAAAAACCCAUUAGGAUGGGCUAAACGUUUAUUCCAGCUGAAAGAAAUGACGCCAGUAGAUCCUCCAACAACAACAACAAGUGAACCUCCUCUACUUCAUAUGGUCUGCCGCCUAAAACCUCUCAAGGGAGUUAUGCAUUACCAAAAAGCAAUCCUUGAAAAAUACGGUCUUGGAAGGGAUACAAAGAAUCACACUUGGGUAAUUGUAAAAAAUACUCCAUCAGUUAACCGAGAGUUGUACGAAAUCAAACAUCUCGUUAGGAUACAACCGGUGAUUUUCAAAAAUGGUUUACCAAGUGAAGCUGAUUUGCUCACUUGUAAACUGCUACCAGAUGGUAGAUUUUUCAAACAUCGAGGGAUUGCUGUUGAUGCCACGUUAACUACUGAUUCUUCAGAAUGUAAUGAGACAAGUCUGUCGGUGUGUGAUGGGGGGAGUAUUGCCAACGUUCCUAAGGUAUUCCCGAAUGCAGACGAUGUUGGUGACUACAGAUACUUAACUCGUAGAUACCUAAGACAAUGGCACAACAAGAAAUAUGAGAAUUUUGGAUUCUUCAAGGAGUUUUUCACUUCACACUACAAGUAUAAAUUGAAUCAAGACGGCAAUGAAUAUCGUUACAGUGGUCUAUGGCGUUUAGAUAAAUCAAUUCUUCAAUCAGUUGAAUCUAGGCGAAAUCCUGAUGGUACUAUGAAGCAACCGAAUUGCAAUCGGUUCGAAGCAGAUUGGAAUACCUAUCCUUGGUCAAAAUAUUGAGUUUUAUGUGCUUUAAGACUAGAACAAUGUUUGUUUAGAAUUGUGUAAAUAGAUUUUGUAAUUAUGUAAAGUUAUGAUUCAACUAGUUAUCAAUUUUAUUCUAACUUUAUG